AAAUCUUUAAUUCAUAACACAAAUUUAAAUUACCCGUUUUUUACUUUUAGUUUUUACUACCUCUUGAUUCUCAUCGAUCAUCGAUUUUUCAGAUUUAAAUAUUAUUUGUUUAAAAAUGUGACAUGUGUAUAUAAUAGUUAUGUUUUGAUAUUAUUAUGUAUAUUCGUUGAUAGUUAAUUGCCGGAAGAAAAAUGCUCAGUUAAAUUCCAUGAAAAAUUAGAUUUCCUUCUUUUAAUUUGUCAUGUUUAAGUCAAACAAUUGUGUUCAACACAAUGGCUUUAGAAUUGACAAACGGUUCUAUUGAGAAACUAUGCAAUGGCACAUUCGUACAACGACCAAUUGUACAAUUAAUGGGUUUUGAAGCUGUACAGGUGAAACCCAAUGAAACAAAUUAUCGUCUUGUAUUAUCGGAUGGUAUCUAUAUGAAUUCUUAUUUUUUCCUAUGCAGUCAAUUGAAUGAUUUAAUUGUAAAAAAACAAGUAAAGUAUGCAACUAUUUUGAGGAUUGAUGAGUACACAUUUAUGAAUGGAGAAAAUUCCACCAAUCAUAGUCCAAGAUGGAUUAUACUCAUUCAGAAAGUAACUGUGUUAUUUCACAGGAAUGUGUAUGGAAAUCCACAACCUUUAAUAAAUAUUGAAAAAAAAGAAAUGCCAUUGAAAAAUUUAAAUGUGAAUAAAUGUCCUAGUAGGGUGUUUUAUAGUGUUGAACAAUUGGAAAACAAUCUUAUAAAUGUUAAUGAUUUAACUAACCUAUCUAAUGGGAAUUGUCCUUUUGUUCUAAAAUUAUCUGUUGUAAAGAAAAGUUCAAUCAAUACAUACAGUAGUUGUAGAAUUUUAAAUAUCAAUAUGAUGGAUUCUACAGGUUUAGUACGUGUCAGUGCAUUCAAUUUACUUUCAGAUACUAUAAAUGAAAUUCUCGAGGAAAACAAAAUGUAUUAUAUAGCAGACACAAUAUUAAAACACAAUCAAUUUGGCUGUGAACUAAAACUUCAAUCUCAUUCAGUUAUUAUUGAAUGUAUUGAUCAAGUUGAACCAAAAAUGCAAUGCAUCACAACAUCUAAUUUUAAUACAUUAUUAGAAAAUAGUCCAAAUACAUUUUGUGAUUUAAUUGGUGUGUGCAUUGAAGUUGGUGAUAUGGAAGUUUGCAGUAAUACAAAUGCUAGAACAGAAAUUGCAAAACGAGAGAUUGUAUUAAUUGAUACAUCAAUGGCAACUAUAACUUUAAAAGUAUGGGGUGAACAAGUUAACAAAUUUAACGAAAAGUUCGAUGAUCCACCAAUUGUAAUGGUUAAAAAAGCUGUGCUUAAACAAUUCAAUGGGACUAAGUAUUUUUCUAUGGUCAAAUUCAGUGUUUUAUUCAUCAAUCCAAGUGUACCGGAAGCACAUCAGUUGAAAGAAUGGUAUAAAGAAUUAGUUCUAAUGGAAGACUUUUAAUAGUAUUGUAAUUAACUCACAAUAACUAAGUAUCCUUAUUUAAAGUUGAUUUUUAUAAUUAUCACAUUUUGUACAUAGUGCUGUUAUUUUUUUUUUAUUAUUAAAAUUUUUUAACUGUAAAAUUAUUUAAAUGUAAUUUGAUAAUCAUAAUACCAGAAAAAAAUUAAACCAAAAAAAAAAAACAAUU